CUGGUCACAGGCCAGGGGGUUGAGGUGGGAGGAGACGGAAGUGGUGGGGGCAGUGGCAGCCUCCUGGGCUCUGCCUGCCCCCAGCCCCUGCCUGGGGCCUUCUGUCACCGCCACCAUCAUGGGCAGUGCGUACCACUGGGAGGCCAGUCGCCGGCAGAUGGCUUUGGGCCGGAGGAGGUGGCUGAUGGCCCAGCAGCAGCAGCAGCAAGAGCAGGAACUGAAGAAACUCCAAGAAGAGAAACGGCAAUCUGAAAAAAGAACCCAGCCAUCUCGGGAGUCGCCGCGGGAGUCGCAGCCACCGCCGGCGCCAUCACGGUCGCCACCCGCGCAGCCGCAGCCUCCGCAGGUACCCGAGCGGCCGCCGCCGCCGCCGCCGCCGCCGCCGCCGCCUCAGCCAAAGCCACAAAAUGCCCAGGACCCUCUUACUGAGCGCACCUCCCGGUACAUUCUCCAGGAUUCCCAAAGGCCAGGCGCCCACAAGGACAGAUUCCAAGGACGGGUGAUGAACCCUCAAGGUGCAGGUUUCGGGAAAUCUAGCCCAGAUACACACACCAAGUACCCACGAUUCACGGCACAAAGGAUGGGAGAACCUGAUCCCGGCCCUUUAAGACGAGGACUGGGCUGCUACAUCAUCUCACUUUGAUUACUCGGGCUUCAGAGGCCUUAAGACAAUGUUCUCAAACCAGCAGGCCCGGGAGCUGCUAACUAACCUGUUCUGCCUCCUGUCUCUCCCUCUUCUCAGUCAACGAACUACAUCCAGCAGUGGUGAUUCAGAGACGGACCCCCGAGACCCCACUGGCCGGCCAUCAGCAAACAUCAGAUGAGCAGCCCCGUCGUCCUACCUCCCAGCAGCAUCUCCACUUCAAAAGCCGAGCCCUCCUGAUCCACUCUGGCAGGGGAGGCUAGCUGGGAAUCACGCGUGAUUUCUUCCCGCAAAGACUCAAGAGACUGGCUGGGCUCCGUGAGACAGAGGUGAGGGGGAGGGGCCAGGAAGACCCACGAAGAGGAUGGAGAGGGUGCGAGAAGACAGUGGAGGGCGAUUCCAUGCUUCUCCAGGCAAAGCCAACGGGAGAACUUGGCCUUGGGCCCCCCAGCUCUACAGCUCCACUACUGGCCCUUAUUUAGCAGCGAUAUCACAGCCUGCUGGGGGCUCGGGUUUACGACUCUCGCUGGAGCCACCAGCCCUUCCUCCUGGCCGAUGCUUAUCGAGAUGCACCUGGGGAAGCGUGGGUUGCAUCACACCAGAGCAGACCUGGGACCUGGGGCAGCAUCAGGAAGAAGUGGCACGCAGGGGCCUCCCCCAAGUCCAGUGUCGCGCCUGGUCCACGGUGGGCACUCCGCUGUUGAACGGAGGGUGGUUGGAAGGGAUGGAGAGAGAGAACUCGGAGGAAAGGAGGACUGUAGCCUCAGGCACAGGACACCUGACCUUGGGAAGAGGGGACUCGCCCCCCGCCCCCACCAAAUCCACAGGCCUCUUCCUCCCUGGGUCUCAGCCUUUCCACGUAGCAGAGACAACCCAGAGGCUCUGGAGGCCCCAGGCAGCCGCCUCACCUCUUCCUGAAACUGACACCUGGGGUCCCCCAGCCCUGCUCCCUCUGCCACUCUUGACUGGUGAGGGGGAUGCCUGGGUCCUUUCACUGUAGCGUCUCACCUUUGGGUGAGACUGAAGGAGCCUCUCUGCAGUGUUUCCUGAGAGGAGCAGUUGGGGGAAGCGAAGGAGCGGGGGCGCACAGAACAGGAGCAUUAAAGUUGGGAGGGGCUCAGAGACACACAACGAGGGAAGGGGAGCGAGCGAGCUCCUGGGAGCCGUCUCCCAGAAGGCAGAGAGGCCGGGCGUGUUCCCGAGGGGCUCAGGGACUGGGGAAGAGACCUUGAUGCCCACUUGGAUAUUAAGAAACAGGCUGUGAGAUGGGGAGCGUCCACCGGCUCCCUUCCCACUCACAGGAGCCUUUUAUUUUCCUUCCUUAAACACGGUUAAGCACAGCUGAUUGACUCCAAUAUAAAUCCAUUACAUUUGGCGAACUCCACCCAGCGUGAGCUCCAGCCUGGCCCCCGUGGACUUCCGUGCUCUUACCAGCACCACCUCGACGCCAGUUACCCAGGCGUGAAAGCGUGCGGACGGCACGAACUCCUUCCUUCCCCUCAUCCCCCCGGCCGGCUCCUCACCAGGUUCUGGCCCCACGUGCCCUUCUCCGCCCUUCCUACUGCAAACUCAGCUUUCCCUGCUACUCAAGCUCACCUCUCUGCCUGUCUGAGUGACGGAAACCGGUAACCACCUUUAGUGAGCAAACACAAUUCCUGCUCGCCUAAAGAACCUGGGGUUUGCCUGGGGCUUCUCAUCUGAGUGACAGCAAAGAGGCGACGGCCUGGACCAGUCCCGACUGAUAGGCAGCUCCAUACUGUCAGCGCCCAAAGGAGAGCAGAGGCCUCUGGGAGCAGAGGGCGCCCUGGGACUAGGCUAGGGGUGCAGCGGGACCCAGCAGUCCGGCCUCACCUCUGCAGGUUUUCAGCGGGAGGGCGGCUGCGCCCACCAUUUGACCUGCCUGUGUCCCCUCACGUGGGCUCAGGCUUGUGGCCUCCUUCAAUAAAAACCUUUUAAAAUGA